UGUUGUUGUCACUUCUGGAAAGAAAAAUGGCUGCCUUAGCGGUUGUUGAGACACCGUCCGGGAAAGAUGCAAUUGCGGAGGGACUGCUUGAUCUAUUGAAGCCAGCGGUCCAACAGCUUGAUCUUCAUGUGCACUCAGUAAGGGAAAGCCAAGUGGAACUACGGGAACACAUAGACAAUCUAGCCACAGAGUUGUGCAGGAUAAAUGAACACCAGAAGGUGGCACUAGACCUAGACCCCUAUGUGAAGAAACUGCUCAAUGCCAGACGCAGGGUUGUGCUGGUCAACAACAUACUACAGAAUGCUCAGGAACGGCUGCGACGGCUCAAUCACAACGUCGCCAAAGAGACGGCACGUCGGAAGACCACGCUGGAGACGUCAGGAGCGUUCACCCCCCGGUCACCCAGUAAACCAUGACCCUAAGCCUCACUGCACAGGCUGGAACAAACUGCUCAACAACACUGUCCCGUGUCCUGGACUGAGUUACGUUUUCACAUUUAACUCUACACCCAAUUGGGAUGUAGCAUCGGGCACCGCAGCAGUGAGACUUUCUGUUCUCACGGACUAAGGCAUCGCUGAGUUUAUUUGCUUAAACACCCACCUUACAUUUCUAAUUUGGGCUGUUGUAACAGUGUGUACAUUCAAACUAAACUACUGGUUAACAAUAAACCAAAGAUGGAAUCAGAUAUGUUUUGUUGAGACAACUUCAAAUGUUAGAAUUGUGCAAGAUGAAAUGAAUAUUGCAAAUAUGUUUGUUUUUUCUUUUAUUCCAUUUCAAGUCAUCAUUCUUUUGAGAUUGCAUUAUGUGUACAGCUUUGCUAUGUCCAUGAGAUGGCGGGGUUAUAAGCUUUCCAUUACACUGAUAUGGGCUUGCCAAUACAUAUUCACACUGUAUUUCAUGAAAGUUCUAGCAUGUUCAGACAAUGUUGAUAAAAAUAAAAAAAUAUGUUUUGUUUAUUAUUUUGAGGAAGGAUUGUGGAACCAUGGCUAACUGUUUAACUUAAAAGUAAGUUUUGAAAGAAAAAAAGUUUAAACUAUUGUAGUACUUUGGGACUUUUGAUUUGUACAACCUCUCUCUCCAGGGUAUGCGUAUGAAUUCCAUUGAAAGCUAUGCUGACAAGUAUGUUGUUGAUGGACCCGGUUGCCCUCUAGGGUGAAGCAUUUUUGUUACUGUGAAUGUUUGGAAACAGUCAUCACUGUUUCACGCUUCUAGCAGCAGCUGAUAUGCAAACCUGUCAGAUAUGAUGUGUUAAACUUUUUUUGUUGAAGUUAAUGGCAGCGUCUGUACUCUGCUUUUGCUAUUGAAUAAAACAGAAGAAUCACUUUUUUCCCCCCAGCGCUUUA